UUUCCAUGCACUGUGGCUCUCUUUUGUCAGUGGGCAGCCGGGAAGGUUGUGUUUCUUCUUUACAUCAACUGCGCUUGCUCUCCACUCUCUCCCUUCCCCUCCUUGUCCACCCUGUCACAUGUCCAGACACACAGGACCAAGCAGGUGCAUGUAGCUAGUUUUGCUUAAUUUUGUGCUGUGCAGCAAGAGGAAAUGGAGUACCCUCUGUUCAGCCUCUCCUUUGAGGGGCAAGUGAUCUGAGAAGGCGGUUUUUGUGAGGAGCUGAAAGUUACUUGCGUCUGCCCCUUAGAGGAGAAGAGCAGUAGAAUGGGAGGGAUAGGAAGGUGUGUCCAGAAUGCCUUGCACAGGACUCAGUGCUUUUAUGUGCUGUGGGUGUGGAGACUCUGAAGGCUUGAGUUUGCGUGGUUUUCUUGCUUCCUGGUGGAGUCUGAUUUGCUUUAGUCAUUGGCCCUGAGAAGGCCAGAACCACACCUUCCCUGAUAGAGAUUGUGCAGGAAACUGUACUCAAAACCACACAGACAUUGGACCUGCACAGUCAGAGCAGCGGCAGUAUUUCCUUGGCUCCUCUGAGAUGCUUUGCUAGCGGACCUGGAGUCUACCACCUCUCACAUCUCCAAACGGCCAGUGUUCCUGUCGGAGGAAACACCCUAUUCCUAUCCAACUGGAAACCAUACAUACCAGGAAAUCCCAGUGCCCCCACCAGUGCCGCCACCUCCUUCCAGCGAAGCCCUGAAUGGGACUGUGAUUGACCCUUUAGACCAGUGGCAACCCAGUGUCUCCCGAUACAUCCACCAGCAACCUCAGUCCCAGUCUCCUGUGUACAGCUCCAGUGCCUCCGUUCCCCGAGAGAGUGUCUGCUCUCCUUCCUCACGGGCCAGUGAAGAGGAGCACGUCUACAGUUUUCCCAACAAGCAGAAGUCUGCAGAACCAUCUCCCACCAUGAUGAGCUCUUCAUUGGGCAGCAACCUGUCAGAACUGGACCGACUACUCCUAGAACUGAACGCUGUUCAGCACAAUCCCCCUAGUGGCUUCCCAACAGAUGAGGCCAGCAGGAGCCCCUCCCUGCCAGGCGGGACUGGACCUCUCUAUGUUGUCCCAGAGAGCACUAGCUCUUUGGGGGUGAAGGCAGCACCCCCUACAAAAGAGAAGCCAAAGCGGAACGGAGGGCGUGGGAUUGAGGAUGUGCGUCCCAGUGUGGAGAGCCUUUUGGAUGAAUUGGAGAGCUCUGUGCCAAGUCCAGUCCCUGCCAUCACUGUGAACCAGGGCGAGGUGAGCAGCCCACAGCGGGUCACCUCCAGCCAGCAGCAGACUCGCAUAUCUGCUUCUUCAGCCACACGAGAACUGGAUGAGCUGAUGGCAUCUCUCUCUGACUUCAAGUUCAUGGCCCAGGGGAAAGCUGGGGGCAGCUCCCCUCCGUCUGCACCCCCAAAACCUGGCAGCCAGUUGGACAGUAUGUUGGGAAGCCUCCAGUCUGACCUGAACAAACUGGGAGUAGCUACUGUUGCCAAAGGUGUUUGUGGAGCCUGCAAGAAACCAAUUGCUGGUCAGGUCGUCACAGCCAUGGGGAAAACCUGGCACCCGGAGCACUUCGUUUGUACCCACUGCCAGGAGGAAAUCGGGUCACGCAACUUCUUUGAACGCGACGGUCAGCCCUACUGUGAGAAGGACUAUCAUAAUCUCUUCUCCCCUCGCUGCUACUACUGCAACGGGCCGAUCCUCGAUAAAGUGGUGACAGCCCUGGACAGGACAUGGCACCCAGAACACUUCUUUUGUGCGCAGUGUGGAGCUUUCUUUGGACCUGAAGGAUUUCAUGAGAAGGAUGGCAAAGCCUAUUGCCGCAAGGAUUACUUCGACAUGUUCGCUCCAAAGUGUGGGGGCUGCGCCCGGGCCAUCCUGGAAAAUUACAUCUCUGCCUUGAAUACCCUGUGGCACCCUGAGUGCUUUGUCUGUCGGGAAUGUUUCACGCCGUUCAUCAACGGCAGCUUCUUUGAGCAUGAUGGGCAGCCCUACUGUGAGGUGCAUUAUCACGAACGCCGCGGCUCGCUGUGUUCCGGCUGCCAGAAGCCCAUCACGGGACGCUGCAUCACUGCCAUGGCCAAGAAAUUUCACCCAGAACACUUUGUCUGUGCCUUCUGCCUCAAGCAGCUCAACAAAGGAACCUUCAAGGAACAGAAUGACAAGCCCUACUGUCAGAACUGCUUCCUCAAACUCUUCUGCUAGACGCAUCCUAGCUGGGAACGGGGCAUCUUUCUGCCACUCACUAGGCAGCCAAGUCUCUCUGAGCAUUACUGUGAUUUAGAAACCUUACCAGGGCCGGGGGGGGAGGGAAAAGGGGAAGGGUGUGGGGUGCUAACUGCUGCUCCAGAGAGACAGUGGAUCCAGGGAGACCAGAUGGACCAUUAAACUGGAAAUGCCCAUGCUGUGCUUCAGUGGGGAGAUGCUGAGCCCCAUCAUUAAAGUGUUGCAUGAUCGUUGACAGCCGAGAGGAGCCUGAGGCUCUAGCGAGGAGACGCCUUUCUCAAGGAGAGGGCUGGAUAAAGCCAGCCUUGAGUCAGCUCUCCCUGAGCCAACAUGUGACACUUCCAAACAAAAGUGUCCUCGGCUUCGCUGGGGCAUUGAAAUGCUGUGUGACCCAAGCAGUAACUCCGCUGCUGCACAGCAAAGGCCAUGCUGUGACCUCUGCAUUGCCUGGGCUGUGCAUGGUCGAGUCCUGGGGCACACAGGAUUUACUACGAUUACAGCAGCAGCCCCCGAAGCUGGAAAGACCCUGCAGUGGAGUCUUUCCAGUUCAGUAACACUGCAGGGAAGUGAUGCCACUUAUUUUUUGGAAAGGGGGAGUCGGGGGUUAGUCUGCUUUUCUAGUUUGUGAUUCUCUCCCCCUCCUCAACGCGCUGGGGCGGGGGGGAGAAAACCCCCUCCCUACUUGAAUGGAGUGUCCCAUUUUGUGCAGGACAUCCCCAACUCCCCAGGAGUGGUUAGGGCAAAUGCUCCUAAUUCUGCUGCUCCGGGGAGAGAGGAGGAGACUGGCACCAAUUCAUUUUAAAAGAAAAUGCAGAGAAAUUUGAGGGCCCAGCCCUCCCCUCUGAGUGAAUGUAGCUUAUGCUGUGUGUCUGGCCUGCAUUUUACUAAGGAAAGGGCCUGAAAAGCCCCUCUAGGAUUUUUUAAAAAGCAAGGAAAAAAUAAAGCUACAGACUUCAUAUUCCUUGUUCAUCUUCCUCUGUGCUCUUUGCUGAGCAGGCCUGCAGUCCCUCCUCUUUGAUACUGUCCUGUUCCUUGCUCUUGAUAAACAUGUUCUACGGAGAAUCUCUCGAGCAAUAACCUUUUAUAUUGACUGUUACUGGUCUAACAAGUCCCUGAGAUCUGGUGUGUGUGACACUUGGAGUUUUGCUAUCGAACUGAAUACUGUAUGCUUUGAUAAAAACUGUGGAUUUCUACACUGACGUUUGAAUUCCUAACUAAUUUUCUUUUAAUCCUCUUAUACAGAAAUUGGUUUUGACGUGAUUUUAAGAAAGCUACUUUUAUAUCUCAAACUGUGCUGUUCUAAGCAGUGUACCAGUUGUGCUGGUUACUGUAUCUGUAACCUCAAUGCUUGGGUUUAACCAACUAUUAACAUGAAGUAUUUUCUUUUUAUUGGGGGUUGGGAGGGCUCUGGGUUUUGCAGGGGAUGGGAAUGUGACUUGUAUUUUUUUUCUAGCACAAGCAGGUGAGCUGUGAAUAGCUCUUUUAAUUUUCACAGAUCACCUGGGAAGUUUAUUUUGUAACCUGUAAACUGCUGUAUUUGACUUACCUGCCUUUCUCCCAAAGCCCGACUUUCAGGGUAAUAAAGUGAGUCUUAAUUCAGUGCCACGUGCUGCAAGAUGGAGAACUCAAAGUCCACCCUCAUAGUUUUAUUCCUCUUCAGCCAUCAGAAAUUAGAGCAGAGGGUUAACUCGGGAAGGUGAGUCCUCCCCGUAGGUGGGAAGGAUGGUCCUGGGGCUAAAGAAAAGGGCUGGGAGUCAGGAGACCUGGAAUCUGUUCCUGAUUCUGCCACAGACUUGCUGUGUAACCUUGGGCCAGUCACUUAACCACUCUGUGCCUCAGUUUCCCUAUCUGCAAAAUGGGGCAGUAUUCCCGCCUUGUAGGAUUUUGAGGUUUGGUUCAUAUUUGUCAAAGGCCUUCAGAAGGAGGGUGCUGUAGAAGGGCAAAGGAUUGUGUGUUAGAAACAACCCUACAGUGUUCUACACUAAUGGCCAAAGUGGUGCAGUGAGAAGAGGGUUUUAAAAUAUGACUCUAGAAUAUUAUAGACCUUUGAUUAUUAAGGCGUGCAACAUUAGGGUGGUUACAGUGUUCAACAUGGAAAAGGCAUAGGGAGUUCUGGGAUUAACUGUGUAAGAAACAAACCCUCACUUUAACAGAGGGAUCCUAGUUUACUAUUUUAAAUAACCUUGUCUCGAUGCUUUAAUACCCCACUUGAAUAAGUGGAACUGUUUUUCACUGGUUUCCCAUACAAAUGAGCCUCAGGCUGUGGUUGUGAAAGCAGGGUUUUGUGGAACAAGUGGUAAAACAAAAAGCUACUCUAGCUGGGCUGAGCACAGCUUUUGGAAAGUUCACAAGGCAAGAAACUGUCUAAACUGUCACUUUGGAUUUGAAAUUAGUUUGAUUUAAAAUUGGGAUUUCUGAGCUUCCUGCUGAAACUGACACUUGUUCUGACUCCGCUGGUUGGGAGAACGGUCCUGUGUCCAAUGCACAGGACUGGGAGUGGCUCUGCCACUGCAUUUCUGUGUGAUACUGAGUGAGUUUAUAACCUGUGCCUCCGUUUCCUUACCUGUAAAAUGGGGAUAAUACUUAACCUACCUCACUGGGGUGUUGAGGCUUAAUUCACUGAUAUUUCUGAAGGGCUUUGAGAUCCUUGGAGGGAAGGUGCUGUAGAAGGGGAAAAUCUUGUUACAGUAUCCCACUGUCAGAGCAAAACAGUUUCAUCCCCUUUUAAUAAUGGUUUAAUAGUCUCCAUGACCAUUACUGCUUUAGCAAAAUGUUGAGAGCUUUCCUGAUAAAUUGGGAUUUAAACUGGUUUGGGGAUAGAUCCUAUGCUCAUUGUUGCCUCCAAAUGUUACUUUCCCUCAAGAUGGCUGCUGCCAGUAGGAGGGCCAGAAAUACCCAUUUCACAUUUCCUAAUUUCAAGUACAGUUUAGACUUGAACAUUUGAGAUGCUGUACAGAGCAAACUGGGGAAAGGGAUGUGUUAAGAUUGCCCUGGGUGAUUUGCAAGCAUACUUCACAGAUACUGAUGGUGCUAAAGUGCAGACCAGCAAGUUGUACUAGCACUGUUGCAGGUACUAGGACAUGUUCUAAGGAGUGGUUAGGAGAGGGUUUAGGAGGGGUUAGGCAAGAAUGUGCCUUUGGAAGGCUGAGACGGGUUAUUCAGGCUUAAACUGGACACAGGAGGCAGGUGUGUACAGUACACAACCUCUGAGGAGCUAAAGGACUGUGCAUGCAGAGGCCUUGCAGCUGCCCGUUCAGAGGCAAGUUAAGCUCUAGAUACACCUGUUUCUUUGACAGGUUUUGUGCUAGGGUUACUGUAGUGCUGUCUUUCAAGGCCUUAGUGCUCUGUUUACAAUGAUCUCCUAAUCUGAUGAACUCUUGCAGUGCAAUCAAAGAGCUGUCAGACAAGGUGGGUCUCAAUCAAAUCACGCCCCGAAUAGCUUGGGGGGAUUUCCCUCUGGGUCGACAGUUAUUUCAUUUGUUUUCCCUUGUAAACUUCUAACUCUGCUUUUUCCAUUUAAAAUUCCUGUGAUUAUGCUAAUAAAAUUUUACCAUUAUUUUCA